AUGGAGGUGGAUAUUGAAGAGGAAAAGUUUAUAUUUAAUGAAUUUAAUUUAUAUAAUCCUUUAAGUAUCGACAUGAAGACCGCUUGUCAAACUUUGUUAUCAAAAAUUGAACAAAUUAAUCAACAAAAUCACUAUUUGGUGCUUAAUUUGGGGCAAUAUGAAAUUUUGAACUCAUAUAUAAUAAAUAAUAUUAAUUAUGAAUCAAAUGAUACUAAAAAAUUAUUAGAUUGCAUAUCAAAUUUGCUUUUAAAUCCAUCAUUAACUCUUAUUAUAGCUAAUUUAUUUCGACCAAUUUUAAUUGAUCUGGUUUCGCGUUGGUUAUUACCAAACGAUAAUAAUGACAUGAUGAAAGUCGAUUACGUUGCCGUGUCAAAUGUUGAAAGUUUUGCUAAUGCAUUUAGUUUAUUACUUCCUACAACACCUCAACUUUUAAGUUUUGCGGUCACAUUCUUUUCACAAACACCCUCAUUACUAGAGAGACUCAACUUUUUAAAUCAAGAAGAAAUCUUAUUAAACGACGAGAAUUCCAAGGAAAUUAAAGAUUUACAACAACUUUUACUAACAGCUUAUCGACUUUUGAGAUUUUCUGGAAGCACAUUUAUAAAAUUGUGGAAUUGGUCACCUCUUUUUCAAUUGUUAGUUCAUGCUAAUAAAGCAAUACGAUAUUUAUCAAUUUGGUGUUUAAGUAUCGUAUUCAAUAUGAGUGAUGAACAAAGGGAAAAGGCACUUCAAUUUUGGGUUGGCGCAAAUAAUGAGAAAAUCUCAAUCGAAUGGAAUCAUGAAGAUACACAGGACAUUGGAAUGUUAACGCUUUUGGAACAAGUAUCACUUGCAAAGCAACAAUCAAAUCUCCUAUUGAAUGAUUAUACGAGUCCAGGUUUCUCAGAAUCUAGGCGACUUAAUGAAUCGGAUUUAUCUUCAUUAACAGUCAAUAUAUCUGGAGUGUUAUUGCCAAAAUCAUUUAUUUGUUCGGAUAGAUCUUUAUCAAAUAAGCAGCGCCUUGUUUUGACAGAUACAACUCGAUGUAAUUUGCACUCCAUUUGUUUGGCGAUUUCAAUUGGAUCCCCGGUUUUACUUGAAGGUGUAACUGGAGCGGGUAAAUCCGCUUUGGUUGAGGAAAUUGCGAGAAUAACCGGACGUGAACAUGAUCUUGUAAAAAUUCAUUUAGGGGAUCAAACUGACUCAAAAAUUCUUUUAGGAACUUAUGUUUCUACAUCUACUCCUGCUUCUUUUCGAUGGCAACCUGGUAUUCUCACGACUGCAGUUCGUGAUGGACGAUGGGUUUUAAUUGAAGAUAUAGAUCUUGCUCCUAUGGAAGUUUUAUCAGUUCUUCUCCCUUUGCUUGAGACGCGUCAGCUGUUUAUACCUAGUAGAGGUGAAAAGAUUAACGCGAAGCAAGGAUUUCAAAUAUUCGCAACAAAAAGCUUGUUGCCAGUUGACGGAGGAAAAAAAUUAAUACAUCAACGUGUAAAUUAUUCAAGUUUUGGCAAUACUUUUUGGACUCAAAUCAAAGUCGACCCACUAAGCAUGGAUGAGUUAACUUACGUUAUUAAAAAUCGUUUUGUCAUUUUACAAGAACUGGUACCAGAUAUUAUGAAUGUAUUUAAUACUGUAAUAUCUGUUUACCAUGAUUCAAAAUCGUUUUCAUCGAACUUAGUUCGAUAUAUUUCAACACGUGAUUUGAUGAAGUGGUGUGAGAGAAUAAAGGUUCUUUUAGAUUCAAGGAAUAAUGUAAAUAUAACUCGGGGAAUAGAACAGAGUAUAAGAGAAGAUUUGUUCAAAGAAGCGGUUGAUUGUUUUUGUUCAAUGAUAUCUAACUAUGAGAGUUGGAUUGUGAUUUUGGAAAAGCUCGGCGACGCACUGCAAAUAUCAAAGGAAUGGAUUAAUUUAUACAUAAAUUCAUACUUACCUGAUAUGAAAAUUGAUGAUAAGAUAAUAUCGAUUGGGAGGGUUAAUUUAAUUCCUAAAGGUCGAAAAAAAGAUAUAAUUAAACGAGAAUUGCAAAAAAGACCUUUUGCUAUGACUGGCCAUGCUUUAAAAUUGAUGGAACAAAUUGCUGUGUGUGUCCAUAUAUGUGAACCUGUUUUGUUAGUUGGAGAAACUGGUACAGGUAAAACAACGGUGGUUCAAUAUCUCGCAGAAAUUAUGCAUCAAAAACUUGUGGUUGUGAAUUUAUCUCAACAAAGUGACAGUAGUGAUCUUCUUGGAGGUUUCAAACCCGUUGAUGCUAGAGUUCUUGCAAGUCCACUUAAAGAAGAAUUUGACAAACUUUUUGAAAAGACAUUUUCUAUUCGACGAAAUUCACGUUUCUUGGAAGCUGUCCGAAAGGUAUAUGCUGCAAAGAAAUAUGAUAAGUUUAUAUCUCUGUUGAAUCAAGCUAUUAAAAUGGCGGAACAAAAAUUCAAUGGAAAUCAAAAUCAGGAUACAAUCAUGGAUGAUCAAAGCAAUAAUUCUUUGCAAAAUCAUCCUUCUCGAAAAUCUUCAAAUCCUGAAUUACGGAAUCGUUGGAAAUUAUUCGAAAAUUCGGUUAACGAGUUUGUAAGUCGACAGGAUCAAAUACGCAAUAAAUUCGUCUUUAGUUUUGUAGAAGGUUCAUUAUCAAAAGCGGUAACAAAAGGUGAUUGGAUACUUUUGGACGAAAUAAAUUUGGCAUCUACAGAAACAUUAGAAUGCUUGAGUGGUUUACUUCAAGAUUCCCAAGGUUCGCUGUUAUUGGCCGAGAAAGGUGAUAUCGAACCGGUUAAAAGGCAUCCAAACUUUCGUAUUUUUGCUUGUAUGAAUCCUGCUACUGAUGUGGGUAAACGAGAUUUACCUCCAGGGUUGAGAAGUCGAUUUACCGAGCUGUUUGUUCACCCUCCUGAUAAAAGACGGGAUGAUUUGUUGGCUAUUGUCAGACAGUAUAUAGUUGGUUGCGUUCACGGUGAUGAGCGUGCUUGUGCAGAUAUUGUGGAUUUUUAUGUCGCUGUCAAAGAAUUACAAAAGCAACAUAAAAUUGCUGAUGGUGCAAAUCAAAUGCCUCAUUUUAGUAUUAGAACAUUGACUCGUGCGUUAAGUUAUGUAGCACAAAUAGCAUCAUCUUAUGGCUUGAGACGAUCAAUAUAUGAGGGAUUUUGUAUGACAUUUUUAACACAAUUAAAUAAAGAAAGUGAAAUUUUGUUAAAAGGUUUGGUAGAAAAAUAUUUAUUAAAUGGUGUUAAAAAUCAAGCGAAUUUGAUUACACAAAUUCCUAAACUUCACUCGAAUGGCAAUUACGUUCAAUUUGGAUAUUUUUGGCUUGAAUUAGGAGAUUUUCCUGUCGAAGAUAUGCCUCAUUAUAUUUUGACGCCAUUUGUUAAAAAGAAUUUGGACAACCUUUCAAGAGUUGUCAUGAGCAGGAAAUUUCCAGUUCUAAUUCAAGGUCCUACUUCUACUGGUAAAACAAGUAUGAUCCAAUAUUUAGCUAAACGUACUGGACAUCGUUUUGUGAGAAUUAAUAAUCAUGAACAUACUGACAUUCAAGAAUAUCUGGGAACUUAUGUUUCUAAUACUGAAGGUAAACUUGAAUUUCAAGAAGGCGUGCUAGUAGAAGCAUUAAAGAAAGGGUAUUGGAUUGUGCUGGAUGAAUUAAAUUUGGCGCCAACUGAUGUAUUGGAAGCAUUAAAUAGAUUAUUGGAUGAUAACAGAGAGUUGUUAGUUCCAGAAACUCAAGAAAUUGUUAAACCACAUAAAGAUUUUAUGUUAUUUGCAACUCAGAAUCCUCCCGGGUUAUAUGGAGGCCGUAAAGUUCUUUCACGUGCUUUUCGCAAUAGAUUUUUGGAAUUACAUUUCGAUGACAUUCCGGAGGAUGAAUUAGAAACGAUCCUUUCAGAAAGGUGUAAAAUUGCCCCAUCUUAUUGCAAACGACUUGUACAAGUAUAUAAACAUUUGAUGGCAAAAAGACAAGGAACAAGGAUUUUUGAACAAAAGCAUGGAUAUAUUACUUUGAGAGAUUUAUUCCGUUGGGCUGAGAGAGGUGCUGUAGGGUAUCAGGAAUUAGCAGAGCAAGGAUAUAUGCUCUUGGCUGAGAGAGUAAGGAAACCCGAAGAGAAAUUGAUUGUGAAACAAGUUUUGGAAUCAGUCAUGAAAGUAGUAAUUGAUGAGCAAAAAAUAUAUGAUUGUUCAAAUUUGAAAGAGUUUAAAAAAUUUAUUUCUUUGAGACAUGACAAAACUGAUAUCGUAUGGACCAAGUCUAUGAAACGUUUAUUUACUUUAGUUGCGCAAUGUUUGAAAUUCAAUGAACCUGUUCUAUUAGUUGGUGAAACUGGCUGUGGAAAAACAACGGUGUGUCAAAUGUUAGCAGAAGUAAAUGAUAAAAUGCUACAUAUUGUUAAUUGCCAUCAUAGUACCGAGACGGCUGAUUUACUUGGUAGCCAAAGGCCAUUAAGGAAUAGAGGAAAUGUAAAUAAUGAUCUCAAGCGCGAUCUAAUUGAAUUUUUAAGAAAAUACGUGUCUCAAGACAAUACAUAUUUAGAGGAUAUGGAUUUGAAUCAGCUGAUUACUUUAUUUUUGGAUUUUUAUAAAGACGAGAAAUGGACAGAAGAGUUCGGUGAAGAUAUCGGAGAAAUUGCUAAUACAAUGACCUCUUUACAUUUGAGAUGUAAACAAACUCGCACAUUGUUUGAAUGGCAUGAUGGUCCGUUAGUUCAAGCCAUGAAAAAUGGUAAUAACUUCUUACUAGAUGAGAUUUCCUUGGCAGAUGAUUCUGUUAUCGAACGUCUCAACAGUGUCCUUGAGCGAAAUAGGAUCUUAGUUCUAGCAGAAAAAGGUGGUAAACAUGUUGAAGAGUUAGUUGCAAAAGACGGUUUUCAAUUUUUGGCAACUAUGAAUCCUGGAGGUGACUAUGGUAAGAAAGAAUUGUCACCAGCAUUAAGGAAUCGAUUUACGGAAAUUUGGGUGCCUUCGGUUGCGGAUCGUGAAGAUUUAUUGCAAAUAAUUGAGUCACACUUUGUACAUGAAAGUUUGGCAGGGUAUGGCCAAAAAAUCCUUGACUUUAUAGAAUGGUUUUCUCAUGCACUGGGCAAUAGAAUUAUUACCAUUAGCUUGCGAGAUAUUUUAUCAUGGGUUUUAUUCAUGAAUUCUACAAUAGAACAAUUGGGUUCACACGAGUCUUUUAUUCAUGGUGGUUAUCUUGUCUUUUUUGAUGGUCUUGGUUCCAAUGCAACAACAGGGUCAUUAUUAUCUGGACAAGUAUUGAAGGAAUUUCGAAUGAAGUGUCUUGGAAAAUUAGUAGAUUUGAAUAGUGAUCUUAAACUUGAUAAUGUCGUUAAUCGAAGUUUUGCAAGUGACAACAAUAUGGGCAAGAUUAUUUCUACCGAGUCAUUAUUCGGAAUCCACCCAUUUUAUAUAACAAAAGGAACGCUUGGUAGUACUCAAAUUACUUUUACCUUGCAAGCGCCAACGACAUUGGAUAAUGCAAUGCGAGUGCUUCGUGCUAUGCAAUUAAAGAAACCAAUAUUAUUAGAAGGAAGUCCAGGCGUGGGAAAAACUAGUUUAAUCACGGCAUUGGCAGCAGCAUCUGGACAUAAACUUGUUCGAAUUAAUUUAUCUGAGCAAACAGAUUUGAUGGAUUUGUUCGGUUCUGAUCUUCCCGUAGAAGGUGGUGGUAAUUGUGAAUUUGCUUGGCGGGAUGCACCGUUUCUUCAAGCAAUGAAAUCUGGGGAUUGGGUUCUUUUAGAUGAAUUAAACCUUGCUUCUCAAUCAGUUUUAGAAGGUCUCAAUUCAUGUUUAGAUCAUCGUGGUGCUGCAUAUAUACCUGAACUAGACAAAGAAUUCAUAUGUUCUAAAGAAUUCCGUGUUUUCGGCGCUCAGAAUCCUUUACAUCAAGGUGGAGGAAGAAAAGGGCUUCCAAAGUCCUUUAUCAAUCGAUUUACUCAAGUCUACAUAGAGCAGCUUACUAAGACUGAUAUGCUUUUUAUUGCUAAAUCUCUUUUCCCUCAAUUUGAUGAAUCAUUAUUAGAGAAGAUAUUAGACUUUAACAAUCGAAUGUACGAAGACACUAUGAUUAAGGGUUUGUUUGGUAGAAAUGGUUCCCCUUGGGAAUUUAACUUACGUGAUGUUUUUCGCUGGUUAGAGCUUUUAAGCGAUGAUAAGGGUCUUGGGUUUAAAUCUACUCCUGAUCAAUUUCUGGACCUAAUUUAUUUGCAGAGAAUGAGAACUGCUGAAGACAGAAAUCGAGUUAUUGAUCUAUUUAAUGAAAUUUUUGUAAAAAGCUAUAAACAGUCAAAGAAUCCUUAUUUUAAUAUUAAUUCAAGCUAUAUCCAGAUUGGUCAUUCCUUUCUUAAACGUCGACCUGCUUAUGGGUAUAAAUCUUCGGGGAAUUCUCUUCAUAUAUUGCAUUCUCACUUAAAGUCGUUAGAGUCCUUAAUGAAAUGUGUAGAAUUCAAUUGGAUGGUAAUACUUACUGGACAUGAAGCAAUUGGGAAAACAAGUCUUGUUAGGUUGUUAGCUAAUUUAACUGGAAAUCAUCUUGAGGAGUUUGCAAUGAAUAGUUCGGUUGAUACAAUUGAAUUACUUGGUGGAUUUGAGCAAGUAGAUUUGGCUAGACAUCGACAAGUAGUUGUCGAUGAAUUAAGACGGUUAACUGCUGAGGUGACAAAAGAUAUUCUUCUUAUUUCGCAUUCAAUUAAUUUAUUUGAAGGCAAUACGAUUCAAGUUUUGCGAGAGCUUAACGAUAUAAUAUUUACUUUAGAAAAUCAUCUUAAAUUUAGUACAAGUAGUGAUCAUAGUACAAUAAUUAGUCAGAAUUAUUCGUCUCAGUUAGAUUAUGCAAUAAUCGAUCAAUUGUUAGAUACUUUACAACAAAUCAUAACCGGGUAUGAUUUGCAUUUAAUACUUGAUAAUGAACAUCAAAGUUCUCUGAGCUCUAUAAUGGAUAAAAUUGUAACGCUUAAAUCGCUUGAAAAUGGGCCGGUUACUGGUCGUUUUGAAUGGAUUGAUGGAGUUCUUAUCAACGCGCUUCAUAAUGGUCAUUGGUUGUUGAUUGAUAACGCCAACCUUUGUAAUCCAUCUGUUUUGGACAGGCUCAAUCCAUUGAUGGAACCAAACGGAGCUUUGAUGGUUAACGAAAGGGGUCUUAUAGAUGGUGAUGUGAAAAUUAUCCGACCACAUAAAAACUUUAGGUUAUUUAUGACUACUGAUCCAAGAAAUGGUGAACUAUCAAGAGCCAUGAGGAAUCGUGGCGUGGAAAUUUUUUUGUUGAAGACAGAAAUUUUCGAAAAUCAGCGAGAUAUGGUUAAAAUUGGGAAUGGUCUUGGUCUUCGUAUUUCAGAACUUCCUAGUUUUAUUAAUAAUUUCCAAUUUAGUGUAGAUGAAAAUUCUAAUAUUUUAGGUAGCAUGAAACCAAAUAUAAGAGAAUAUAUUUUAUUCUCUCAAUUUAUUGUUGAGAUGCUUCAGCGAGGCGAAGGAUUAUCACAUUCUUUACAUAAGGCCCUUCGACAGGUUUACUUUUUUAACCACGUCCCAAAUAGACUAAUGAUGUAUCUUCAAGAUUUUGCAAAGAAAUUCCAAGAAAAUGCCAUUAUACACACUAUAUCACCUACGAAUUACCCAAUAUUUAAUGGAGGUUCUUUUAUUAAGGAAGAAGCAAAAUUGUCCAUGAUCCAUUCCCAAGGGUCUUAUUUGAUACACCUUAUGUUCAAAUAUGGUUUGGUCAAGUUGAGCCUAAAUGAUUUGAUUUUAAAAGAAUUAUUGAUAGCUUGCGACUAUUUUGUUGAAAAUACUUCUUUAGAAGACAUUUCUCUGAGGAAUCGUUGGCUUGACUUUGUCUCUUAUCUAAUUCGUUCUUAUAAUUUGGUGGUGAUUCAAGACGUAAAUUUCUUAGAAUAUAUUAAAUUCAUGAAUGAUACCUUGAUUGGGCAUCCACUCGUUUCUUAUUUGAACGAAAUUAAAAAUCGGUUAGCAAAAUCCAUUGAUUUGGAUACAUCUCACAUGUCGUGUCAGCCACUUGAUAUAAUUAGCAAUCAUCCUUUAGUUAAAUCGAUCAGUUGCUUAAAUCACAACAAGUACAACAGUGAUAAGAAUGAGACAAUAUGUAAUUUGUGGAAUGAAUAUUCUAUUAAUAUUAAAGUAUUUAACCUUAUAAAAAGGUUGCAAAGACAAGAUUUCGUCGAAAGUUUCUCUUAUGAAAAAGCAUCACGAGAAAAGGUGUCCAAGUUGACUUCAUCCCAACAAUCAUAUCGUUACAAUCACGGAAAUUUAUCAGAGGAUCAGCUAAGUCAUAGAGUUGUUGCUAAUAUUUUUCCAUUCUUACAAGAACUUAAAAGCUUUGUGAGAUUAUGGAUAAAUCGAGGGAAUUACGAGGAACUUGACGUUGAAUUAUUCAAUAGUUUGUUAGAUUAUCACGAGUUUUUAUGGGAAUAUUUGCAACAAAAUUCUCUUGAUCUUGGUGAAUUAUAUGUGAACACAAAAAUUUUUAAAGAAACUGUAAAGAGUUUGGUUAAUAAAUUUGAUGAACACGCCAAACUUUUGCUUAGUGCAUUUGAUAGCAUAACUGAGAGCACUGUAUUAACGACAGGAAAAUAUAUGAGUAUUCUAUGGAAACGUUUGCAUCAUAUAACGCUUUCAAGAAUUGAUCUAUUUAAAUUAAAGCAAGAAUUUUUUGAAGUUGGAAUCAAUUCUGACACCAACUUAGGACAUAAGGAUGAUAAAAGAGAUCAUUCAACAAGAUUAAAUGUGGAGUUAAAAAUGAUGUUGAUAGAUGCAGUUGCAACGUUAUAUUUCAUUAAUGAAAAUCAAACUUCUGAAUCGACCGAAUUAUUAACUUCUUUACAAAAGAUUCCUGAGGCAAAACAAAACGACCCGCUACCUUGUAUCAUGGAUUAUUUUAACUUAAUUAGAGAGAUGCAAAUUAUUUUACGACUUCAGUUGGUAGCUUCACAAGAAACCGAUUUGAAUAAUAAAAAUUAUAGCGAGAUAAUUACUCAAAUUUCGGAAUUUCGAGAUUUUUCUUUAAAAUAUUGUUCCAGAUUUCCUUUAGAUUUUGUCCCUCACCAACGACUUUUAUGGAUAUACGGACCUGGUUCUAAAGUAGAUAGUAAAUCGGAAAUGAUGUUCAAUAAUAUCGUACAAGAUAUUAUAUAUGGAUGGUACAAUAGAGUGUGGAAUAAUUCGUUCAACAAUUUAGACAUUAAUGAAGAGAAUUUAAUUUCAAAUCUAUUUGUAAAGAAUACUGGAGGGCCUGGGAGAUUAUUUCAAAGCGUUUUAGGAUUUUAUUAUUUUAAUUACACGCAAGUAGACAAUUCAUUCCGUCCUGAAAUUCAUCGAAUACAAUUUAUGUCAAUCGGAUCUUUCAACACCAUACAAACCCAACUUGUUGAAUAUUGUAAACACACCGGAAAUGAAUUUCUGUAUAGAAUCAAUAGAAGAUAUAUGGAUUUUGCAUGUCUUAUUCAACAACUUAAACAAAUCCUUAUAUCAUUAAAGGAGAGUUUUCCAACAGAGAUUUUCUGUGAAAUUAAUGGAAGACUUGAUAUUGUUACCGAUUUUGUUAAUUCCUUGUUAAAUCACAAUAUCAUCGAUAAUGAAUCAUUAACUGUUUCAAUGGCAAUAGAGUCUCUUCAUAUUGUGUCUAGUAGCUUUAAAGAAAUAAUCAACCCUAUAUUGAGAAGCGUUUUAGAUCAAUGGAUUAUACCCUCGAUUCUUUUGAUGAUUCAAAUAUUAAAAGAGUACAAUUCGUCACAAAUGAAUGAAAAUACUUAUCCAAAAAUAGGCAAGAUUUGGAUUUUCCUUUCUUUAGGAUUUAUUUCCUUGUACAUACCAAACUUCCCUCUUGAUCCAACAGCUGAAGCACGUUUGAGAUGUCAAUUCCUUCUGUUCAAAAAAUCAAACUUGGAACGUGAAAUUGAUGUUCGAACAAAGAUCGAACAAAAUUUCACUGGCGAAUGUGAAAAUCGCAAAAUAGAAGUUUGCAAAGAAAAUUUGGAGAAAGUUGAAUUACUAUUUGAACGUGCGUCGGUUAAUUUAUCCUUAAGACCGGAACAGUCGCAACUUAAUGAACUUUUCAGACAUGUUCAUUACAUUUGUAGUAAUGUCAUUGAUGAACGACAUAUAUUGGAACUUUUAAAUGAUUUUGAGAAUGGAAAUGAUUCGGCUGUUCUUCAACGGGAAAGUUUGUUUCAAGAAAAAGUAAUGCAAUUCAUCCAACGAAUGUCAACGAACUAUCCUCUUUAUCAAGAUUUAUUACAGCCAUUAUAUGUUGCUCUUCAUCAAAUUAAAUACGGGGUUCGAAUGAUAACUACUACCUGCAAACAUUUCGUUGUUCCACGUGACAAACUAAUAUAUAAUGUUGUGAAAUCUUUUAUAGAUAUAACUAAAUUAGGAUGCCCUAAGGAAUGCAUUGACAUUAUUACAGCUCAAGAAUCAUUUGCGGUGAUCAAAGAUCUCAUUUUUUCUCAACAUUCUAAGCCAGACAAAUGGGAUCAAUAUCUCAAAUACCUUAUCGUCGUUUUGUAUUGUAUGUAUUAUAGAAUAUCAAAACGCGGAAAUAUUAUUCUCGAAGAUUUUAAUACCAUCCAACGUGUUUUUGGGGAAAUCUCUGAUAUUUAUUCUGCUGCUGAAGAGCAAAAAAACAAGAUUGCUCAAGAGAAUGAAAGUUUAUAUAGGAACAAAACAAAAACACACAAUAACAUCACCGAAGAACAGUAUUCAGAAUAUGAAUUCAAGCAAAUGUUUCCAGAUUUUAGUCAUGAUUUUGCGGACAUAGAUGAUGAUACAAUGAUUGAUUCCGAUAAUAAAGGGGAUACAGAUUUUACUCAGUUUGAGGAAAAUAUCUCAAUUGUGAAUGAGGAAAUUCUCUUUGAGAUAGGAAAAUUGUAUACAAAGCUUAUGACUGAUUUCGACUUGAAAUCACGGAAGACUUUGGAUCAUGACAUGUCAACUCAACAAGUUUUCUGGAAAUCAUUUGUUAUGGCGCGAGAUUUAUCGUUGAUAGCUGGCAAAGUUUAUCCAGAAGAAUUUGACGAAGCAAUCGCAACGUCUCAGAUUCUAGGAACGUCUCUCUUGAAAAAAUGGUUAAUUGACGGUAUCGAACCUGAGGACGAUACUAGUACUAGUAAUAACGCCAAAAACGACGUGAGGAUGUAUGAUUUUUACAAAGAUCAAAAUAUUGUCGAAUCCAAAAAGUUGGUACCAAUUAUAUCCGAGCUUCAGCAACGUGUGAAAGAAUUACUUGAAAUGUGGCCUGAACACGCUGUUCUUCAACAUCUUUUUACAAUAUGUGUGAGAAUUCAGGGGUUCGCAUUAAGUUCGCCUCUUGCAAAAUUUCUUACCGGAUUAGAAAUCUUAUUACAAAAGACAGAAGAUUGGGAAGCUUAUGCUAAUCGUGAUGUAUCAUUAAAGCUCCACAGAGAAAAGAUCACAGGUCUUAUCGUGCAUUGGCGUCAAUUAGAGUUAACUUGUUGGCCAAACUUACUUAUUGCGCAAAAUGAGUAUUAUGAAAGGUCUGCAUCCAAGUGGUGGUUUCACCUUUAUAGUUGUAUCAUUCGUCCUAUCAAUUCAUUUAGUACCAAUGUUGACAUAUCCGAAAGAACUGAUCAAAUUUUCAAGGAACAUAUCUCUGAAAUAGUACGAACGCUUGAUCAAUUUUUACAAUCCUCGAGAAUGGGUGAUUUCAAUGGACGAUUGGAAUUGAUCCAUGCUUUUUAUUUGCAACUUUGUAUUAAAGAUAAUUUUCUCACGAGGAGUAAUACUAAAGGACUUAUCGAUUCUACGCAUGCAUCACUUUAUUCCAAGGCUGCUGAUGCAUUGUUAAAUGUCUAUAAAUAUUAUGGGCAGUUUUUAACCCACAAUGCAAACACCUUAAACGAAUUUCGUAAGUCUAUUGAAAAAGAAUUGAAGCAAUUUGUGAAGAUUGCUAGUUGGAAAGAUGUUAAUAUUCAUUCAUUAAAACAAAGUGCCCAGAGAACCCAUAGGCAAUUAAAUAAAUGUGUUCGAAAAUACAAAGACAUUCUUAACAAACCAAUCAUGGAUGUUAUAACAGAUUACCAGACGAAUGUGAAUACGAUUUAUCCUAAAGAAAAGAUUAUUAAAGAGCAAGUUAUAACUCCUUUGGAUUGUUCCCUCGAGAAAUGGAUUUCUGAUUGUGAACCGAGUGAGCCAGCCGAAAGAAUUUUAGGAUUACAAAGUUCGAUUAGCAAACAAGCAUUACCUAUUCCUGAACGCUUUAUAAAUAUCAAGAAUACUUUAGAGAAGCUUCGUUCAUAUUGUCGUAAAGACAUUUUUAUCAAAAGACAAUCAGUUGAUAACCGAGCUCUUGACGAUUUUGCCACUGAAAUAAUAUUACGUAUCAAAAAGCUUCAAGAAGAUACGCCUGCUUUAAUGAACGAUGACAAUAAAAGUUCCGUAAAGAAUCAAAAAUUAAUUAAAAAGAAAUCCAUGGUUGAUCUCUUGAGAGAGCUGAAACGUCUUGGAUUGAAUUACUUUCCUAAUAAGAAUACAAUUGAACAGCAGCAAAAUAUUGUUGGAUAUAUGCUACAGCUUCCUAGAUUAGAAUUGGAGAAUUCUUUAUCUAUGAUCAUUAACUUUGAAAUACUCAAAAAUCCAUCGUCUAUAAUUGAAAUGAAGGAUAUAAUUCCUAACUGGACAAAAGCUGAUGAAUAUUACUACAAGAUUAUUGCGAGGAUGAUUCAUCUUCGAAAUGUGGCAGUCAGUCAUUCGAAGGAUAUAACCUCUCGGGAAGUUCAAAAAGGACUUGGUUUUUCUGAAUGUUUGUUGUAUCUUAUAAUUCUAGAACGCAAACAUCUGCAAGUUCUUGAUAAACAAUUCGUUGGAUUUUCAGGAGUCCUGGCACAAUUUUCGAGGAUUUAUUCAUCAUAUAAUGCAGAAUAUUCCUACACAAAAGUUCAAGAAUUUUUAUCACUUCACUCAAUUGAUGUACGCUCGAUAUGGAAUUUCAAGGAAAUUUUGGAUGACCUGGUCUCUUUAUUGUCUCACUCGUGUAUAAUUUUUGAAGUUCAAAAGCAGUAUGAACAUUCAAAUCAUUUUGAAGAGCUCGGAACAGAACUAAAUAAUUGGUUUGAUAAAAUUUCUUCAAUUCGUAAAGACUUUACUCACGUGUUUGAUCAAGACGUUUUGUUUCCAGAAUACGCUACAGGAAAAAAAGCGGUGAUCACAAAAGAUAUAAUAAACCUAAUCAAAGAUAAUGUAGCGUUAAUAAAUAAUCUUUAUCAAUUUGCCAAAUCUUCUCGAGAUAAACAAUCCUAUCAUAUUUUGGCGCCAAUUUGUGAUUAUAUUAGAAAUUCUAUUGGAAAUCUUCAUUUUACUGAAGCAGUUCAUAAUGAAAUGAAUCUGGAAAACCAAACAAUGAUGGUUCUUAGUAAUGUUAUUAAAAAAGUCAAUGAUUUAAUGGAUGUAAUUCUUGUAGCUAUUCAGGAUCUAAGAAAGUUUUCCGUUGAGUCAACCAAAGAUGUUUCGAGUAUUUAUUUAGUUAAUGAAGAAGAAAAUGAGGAUGAUAAGGAUGAUAAGGAAAUUCCUGAUGGAUUUAUACGUCAAGAACACGAACGCGUUUUGAACUUUGGCAAGCAUUUACGUAUAUCUUUGAUCCUUGAAAAGUUCGGCAUUCUGCAUGAUCAACUUAUUAAUUUGAUGGAUGACGAGAGGUUUAACAAUUUGGAUUGUCAAGAUUUAAUUUCAAAUCUGUUUCAAAGAACUUUUCCGUUUUUUCGACAAUAUUCUUUAGUAAUUCAAUAUUAUCUGAACGAUUUUAUCUAUCAUCAUAAGUCAUUAUGCAAAUUAACCUACGUACUUUGUAAUUCAUUUACUACAGUUUUCAUGAAAGGAUAUUGUAUGCCACAAAUGGAGUCGAAUGAUGGCAAAGGAGGUGAUGUCGAUGAAAAUGUUCAAGGUACUGGUAUUGGAGAAGGUGAAGAAGAACAAGUCGGUGAAUUUGAUGAUAACGACCCCGAUGCUGUAGAUGAAAAGAUGUGGGGAGGUGAUUCUGCAGAUGAUGUAGAGGAUAGUGGGAAAAAAUCUGAUACUAAACAAGAAUCCGAAUGUCCGAAUGAAACAGACAUUGUUGCUAAGGAAGAUCAAGGAGAUAUCACACAAAAUUCCCAAAUGAAUGAACAAAUGGGCGUAGAUGAAAAUCAAGACUCGAUGGAAGCAGAAGGUCAAGAUGAUAAUACUGACGAAGAAGAAUAUAAUGAUAAACACGACUAUUUUGAUAUUGAUAUACCUCAAGCUGAAACUUUAGAACUACCUGAGGAUAUGAUGAUUGAUGAUCAAGGAGACGCGAGUGAACAUGAAAACAUGGAUGAUGGAGAUGAUCUACCCUCGAAUAUGGAUAUUGAUGAAUCAGAAGUUGAAAAUGCACAGUUGACAAAUAAUGACAUUGAAACUAAUAAGAACGAUUCCAAUGUAGAGGAGGCUUGUGAUGAAAUGGAAACCGAUGAUAUUGACCCAAUCGAUGAUUCAGCUUCUAAUGAAGUAAAGAUAGGUGUCGAAAAUAGUGAUGAAAUUGUUGAAGAUCAACAAGAAAAUUCUGAAGGUGAUGAAAUGUCAAAAGAAACACCUAAUCGCAAAAUUAGUCCUUUGACUGAUAAUCAAUUUGAGGAUAAAGACAUUGAAAAAGAAGAUCAGAAUAAUUCAUCUAAUCAAGAACAACUAAAUUCCGAUAUAACAGCAGAAAAUGCAUUUGGCGUUGACGGAGAAUCUGGUAAAGCAAAUACUUCAUCUCCUAUAAAUGAAGUCGGACAAUCUUUGAAAGAGAUUGAAAAUAAAGGCUCUGAUAAUAAUAAUGAUGAUAAUUCACGACAAUUCAAGUCUAGAGAAAAGUCCAACUCAAAUGAUAAAAAUGAAUCAGACAAAAGUGAACAACAGGUCAUUGAGAACCAGAAUAAAGAGAGUGAUCAAGGUCCCAAAGAUGCUAAUCCACAUCGAAGUCUUGGAGAUGCUUUGGAACAAUGGAAACGUCGUCUUGACAAUAUUAUUAAAGGAGAUGAAAGCACUUCUUCACAAGAACAGACCCCUGCACAAGACUCAGAUCAGGUCAUAAAUGAAGAUCAAACAUUCGAAUUUCUUGAAAAUGAUGAGGAAUCUCAUGACCUUCAGACAAUGGGAGCAGCAAUAGAGGAUCAAUCAAAAGAGAUCGGAGCUAUCAAUAAUGAUGAACAAUGCUGUAAUUAUUCAAAUUACGCAGGUGAAGACGAUGAAAUCGACUAUAGCCAACAUAAUAAUGAAAUGUCUACUGAUCCUUUAAUGAAUGAUCAUGACUAUAGUAAUGAACAUGAAAAGGGAGCUGUUCUUUCUAAGCAAAUUUUAAAACAGGAUGAAGAUCAACAAUUAUUCGACGAAGAAUCUAAUCCUCAAUGCUUUGAUUCUUCUCGCUUUGCACACGAACCUUUACCUUAUGAAGAGAUUAUGAGUUUACGUCAAGAUUUAGAAGUUAAAUUAACAGAUUGGAGACAAUCAGGAAGAGAUAUUACUAAAGCUAGAGAAUUAUGGCAAAAAUAUGAGAUCCUUACUCAUGAUCUAUCAAAUGGACUCUGUGAGCAAUUAAGGUUAAUCCUUGAGCCAACACUUGCUACAAAACUUAAAGGCGAUUAUCGAACUGGAAAACGACUUAAUAUGAAAAAAAUCAUACCAUAUAUUGCUAGUGAUUUCAAAAAGGAUAAAAUCUGGCUUCGUCGCACAAAACCGAGUAAAAGACAAUAUCAAGUCAUGAUUGCGGUUGAUGAUUCGAAAUCAAUGUGUGAAACGCGUUCAAUUCAUUUAGCUUAUGAAACUUUAGCACUUAUCUCCAAAUCACUAUCGCAGCUUGAAGUAGGAGAUCUUUCAAUUAUCAGCUUUGGUGAAAAAGUUCAAUUGCUUCAUCCUUUUGACCGUCCAUUCAGCAGUGAAGCAGGAGCUCAAAUAUUACAACAAUUUACAUUUGAACAGAAUAAAACAUAUGUUCGGUCCCUCAUGGAGACUUCAAUCACACUUUUGGAGAACGCUAGGAAUAAUUUUAGUAGUGGAGCACAAAGUAAGGAAUUAUGGCAACUUCAGCUUAUAAUAUCGGAUGGUGUUUGUGAGGAUCACGAAAGUCUUAAAACUCUUGUUCGGCAAGCUGUUGAAUCACAAAUAAUGGUAGUAUUUAUAAUAGUUGAUAACAAACCAGGAAAGGAUUCUAUCAUAUCAAUGAAUCAA